UUGUGUUUGUUGAAUGUUCGUGAUGUGGCAGAGUUGCAAAUGCGACUGAACCUUGUUCUCCCACAGCACUGUAUGAGAAAGGGCCCGAGUCACCGUGGGCGUGAGACCCACACUUUGUCUGUGCCUGUGGGGAGAACACAGCGCGGGGUGCGGGAUGAGACGCACCGGCAGUUGUUGAGCGCCAAGCUGCAGGAGAGGCGUGGAGAGGUGGAGCGACUUGCGGUGUCUGUUGAGCAGCAGCAGGCG